CUUUGAUUGGGCCGCCGUUGUUGUAGUGACCGGGAAGCGCCCGCACUCCGGGCUGACGGUUCCGGGCGCCGCACGGUCCCCCCUCGUCCCCACCCCUCCCUGUUCCCCCAAGGCCGGGGGCACCGUCCGCUCCCCGCAUGGCGUCCGGCCUGGAGGAUCCGAUUCUGGAACGUUAUUUUAAAGGUCACAAAGCUGCAAUCACCUCCGCUGACUUCAGCCCCAACUGCAAACAAAUUGCUACUGCUUCGUGGGACACCUUUCUCAUGCUGUGGAGUUUGAAGCCACACACUAGAGCUUACAGAUAUGUGGGCCACAAGGAUGUUGUGACCAGCCUGCAGUUCUCUCCACAAGGAAACCUAUUAGCCUCUGCCUCGAGAGACAGAACGGUUAGACUCUGGGUUCUUGACAGGAAAGGGAAGUCUUCAGAAUUUAAAGCACACACAGCACCAGUUCGAAGCGUGGACUUUUCAGCUGAUGGCCAGUUCUUGGUUACAGCAUCUGAAGACAAAUCCAUUAAAGUAUGGAGUAUGUACCGUCAGCGCUUCCUCUACUCCCUGUACCGACACACGCACUGGGUACGCUGCGCCAAAUAUUCACCUGACGGAAGAUUGAUUGUGUCAUGUAGUGAGGAUAAAACUAUUAAAAUUUGGGACACUACCAGUAAGCAGUGUGUCAAUAACUUCUCAGACUCUGUAGGAUUUGCAAAUUUUGUGGACUUUAACCCUAAUGGCACAUGCAUAGCUUCAGCAGGUUCUGACUACGCUGUGAAAAUCUGGGAUAUAAGAAUGAACAAAUUACUCCAACACUACCAAGUUCACAGCUGCGGUGUGAACUGUCUGUCCUUCCAUCCUCUGGGUAACAGCCUUGUCACUGCCUCUUCUGAUGGAACAGUUAAGAUUCUGGAUCUCGUAGAGGGAAGACUCAUAUACACACUUCAAGGACAUACGGGGCCUGUGUUCACUGUUUCAUUUUCAAAGGACGGAGAGCUGUUUACAUCAGGCGGUGCAGAUGCGCAGGUUUUGAUCUGGAGGACCAACUUCACCCGUUUGCACUGUAAAGAUCCUAAAAGAAACCUCAAGAGACUGCACUUUGAGGCCUCUCCACAUCUUCUUGACAUCUACCCACGGUCACCACAUUCCCACGAAGACAGAAGGGAGACUAUUGAAAUUAAUCCAAAACUUGAGGUAAUGGACUUGCAGAGUUCUUCUCCCCCAGUUGUGGAUGUCCUUUCUUUUGAUUCAACCACAAUGAUGGAUUCCUCCUGCCGAGUUGCACCAGGCAAGGGUGAAGACAUCACUAGGUAUUUCUUGAACCCUUUGUUAAUGCCAGAAUGUUCAUCAACAACUGUGAAAAAGAAACCAGAAGAUGUAAGCGAUGUGCCCUCUGAAAGCCUGAGAAGCGUCCCGCUUGCUGUGGCAGAUGCUCUGGAGCAUAUAAUGGAACAACUCAAUAUCUUAACACAGACUGUUUCAAUUCUGGAGCAGCGACUGUCUUUGACAGAAGAUAAGCUGAAAGACUGCCUUGAGAAUCAGCAAAAGCUUUUCAGUGUCAUCCAACAGAAGAGCUGAGCAGGGAGGUGUGUGAGCCCUGGCUAGUCACUGAGGACUUGCUCACACACACUGAAGGUAGCAGAGACCCGCCAAAUCCCUGCCAUGCACUAACCACCAUAGAUUCUUCAGAGGGUGAGCAAAAGAACAAAAGGUUCAAGUCAUUCUUAAGGACUGACUUAAAUACACAAAUCAAUGUCAAGAACCAAGUUAAGCUCCUCCCAGGUAUAAUUGCAGUAAUAAAGUUAUGAACAUUUAAAUCACCCCAUUCCCCCUCCC